GAUCUUGGCUAUCAUACCUGUGGGAACUUGAAACGAUAUUCUAUCGAAGAAUUUAAUUAUAAAAUUAUAUGACACGCAUGCAAUGUGAAACUAAAAUUCGAAUUACGAUUGUAUGUGGAUGUAUUAUUAUUUAGAGUAUUGUUUACAUUUCUCGAUCUCUGCUUUAGAUCCUUUUAAAAUGCAAAUCUAUAAUUUAGAGUUGUCAUAGAUAUUUUUCGAUGGAAAUCAUAGGAAAUUUUAUUUCGUUGAAUUUUUAUUUUCACAAAUUUAAAUGAGACUGAAUUGAGUUGUGCCAUUAUGUGAAUAUACCUAUAGUCUUUAAAAUAUUUAACAUUGAGUAUGUGUUCUCUAUAUAAAUUUACUUAUUAUGCUUGCCUACUUGAGUCUAGUUUUUUUACCUCUAGAUUAUAUUUUUCAUAGUUCAAAACAUAUGUUUUAAAUAAUGAUGAUCACACUGACAACCAUUUAAAUUAGAAAAUAGAUUAAAAAGUAUAAUAGUACUAAAAUGAGGUUUGAUAAGGGCUGAGUGAAUUAUUAUUGAGUUUCGUCUAAUUCGCGUGAUGCUGAGCUACCUGAAACAUUUUCCAAUCACUUGUAGCGAAAGAUUACAUUAGACUGAAUACUUGGAAAGAGUUUACAAUUAUCAUUGUAUUCUAUGGCGAACAUUUCUGGAAGAUCUCUCGUCUGGAUUCACCCCCUGUAGAAAGUUCGAAGGGAGUUCGGAAGUUAAAAUUUGAAAUCACUGCUGCAGAAGAUAACACGAAUGAACAAUAUUAAUGACCCAGUAUUAAUUUUACUUAUAGAUUUUAGCUCUUUGGAUAAAGAAAUGCUGUAAGAAAGAACAGAGAAAAUAUAAAUAAUUAAAAAUUAAACAGAAUACAAAUUAGCAAGGCAAUCACAAUUCAAACACUUGUCAACCCCUUCAGAACCCCUUGAAAACUUCAAGAUAAAUAAAGUUCAUGAAAUCAACGUUUAUAUUUUACUUUAAUUAUUUUAAAUAUGUCACAUUGUGCAUUAACACAAUAAAAAUAAAAUUAAAGAAAUGAAACCUAAUCGUAUAUUUGAUAUUAUUCGUUUUUGCUGACAAUAUCUUGUGUAACACAAAAAUAAUUAAUGCCUGAAGGGGUUAGAGUACAUAUCGCCCACCCUGAGUCUCUUCGCUCGAACAACAAUACUUUCCUUUGUCAAACCUUUGUAUUUGGUGCGUGCACUUUAAAAGGCCUCGAGUCCAGCGUGCACAGAGCUGGAGACCAUCGUAAUGAACUGGUUGGGCAAAAUGAUCGGUCUGCCAGAGGAAUUCCUGCAUCGUCCAGGAGGAUCGGGCGGCGGUGGCGUGAUACAAACAACCGCGUCAGAGGCGACCCUCGUUUGCUUGCUCGCAGCAAGGACCCGAGCCAUUAGAGACGUGCAGCAAAACGAGCCAGAUCGUUUACCAGCCGAGAUUAAUUCGCGUCUUGUCGGAUACUGCUCCGACCAAGCUCAUUCCAGCGUGGAGAAGGCUGGGCUAAUAGGUUUGGUACGAAUGAGGUACAUCGAAUCCGACGACGACCUUAGUAUGAGAGGCGAGGGGCUACUGGAGGCUAUAGUGCAGGACAGGGCUGAUGGUCUGCUUCCUUUCUUUGUCUGCGCUACUUUGGGUACAACUGGUGCAUGUGCUUUCGACAAUCUGAAGGAGGUUGGUCAAGUGUGCAUGGAAAAUGGACUCUGGUUGCACGUGGAUGCAGCCUAUGCAGGCAGUGCAUUCGUCUGCCCCGAAUUCCGUGGGUGGCUUCAAGGAAUAGAAUAUGCCGAUUCGAUAGCAUUUAAUCCCAGCAAAUGGCUGAUGGUGCAUUUCGAUUGCACAGCGAUGUGGGUGAAAAGCAGCCAAGCUCUUCACAGAACAUUUAACGUGGACCCGCUGUAUCUGAAGCAUGAAAAUUCAGGGCUUGCUAUCGAUUAUAUGCACUGGCAAAUCCCGCUGUCAAAGAGAUUCAGAGCCUUGAAACUGUGGUUCGUCAUUAGAAAUUACGGAAUCACUGGCCUUCAGAAGCAUAUUCGAGAGGGCGUCAGGUUGGCACAAAAAUUCGAGGCGCUAGUUUUGGCUGACGCACGCUUCGAGAUCCCUGCCACGAGGCACUUGGGGCUCGUCGUGUUCCGUCUUCGUGGUGAGAACACCCUGACGGAGCGUUUGCUGAAGAAAAUGAAUACAAGAGGUCGCGUCCACUGCGUACCGGCUGCCUUGCACGGAAAAUACGUGAUUAGGUUCACCGUCACUUCGACCAACACGACCAACGAGGAUAUUUUAAGAGACUGGGCCGAGAUAAGGAACACAGCGAACGAGAUCCUUGGGGACACCUCGAGUUCUCCAGUACGAGCAAGAGUUCCACUUGCAGAUACUCGAGAGAAGAACGAAAACUUUGGCUCGAGUUUGCUGCUGGCCAAUUCACCUAUGUCACCAAAAAUCGUUAAUGGCAGCUUCGCUGCCAUAUACGAUACAGCUGAUGUGUUCGAAGACUGCACGAAGGCUUUUGGUAAAUUUCGACUAGAAGCAAGAGAUAGUCCAGCUAUGCGACGUCGAAUUCGAGGAAUACUCAUGUCAGGAAAGCAGUUCUCCUUAGAUUCACGUAUGGACCUCGUACAAGGAUAUGCCUGCUGUCGCCCAGCAAUCGAAAUGACCUCUGAAUCGCCACUGAACGAGGACGAGGAUCCCUCAGGAACAGGUGAAUCAGGAUCCGACACUAAUCAAUCCAAUAAUGAUGCUUCAAGAGAGAAUUCGACAGCCCACCAGGAUUCAUCGGAUGCAACAAAGGAUAAAUUCUUGAGAAAGCAAAGCUCUAAGACUCGCUCGAAUUACGUAGUGAACGGAUCCAUCAAGAUCGGUACUCAGGAUUGCUCAAAUGAACUAAUGUCGAUGAUCACGGCCGAGGCGAAUAUACCUAGGAGCGAAACAAUAGGCGCGAUUGGUCAUCGUCCUUACACAGGUGACUUAUCGACCGUGGGCGACCAACAUGAGAAGCCUGACAAGGAGAAAGAUGGAGGCGAGGAGGACACUGAUUUCUGCAGAAAGUGCGGCCACUGUAUGAAAAAAGAGUAAAGUUAAUCGGUUCAUUGGAAUCAGUUCGAUACUAACUGUACUCCCUCGCAUCUUCGAUGGAUUAUAUAUUGUUCAGAUUAAGCGUAGCACUUCGCAGGCCUAGCGACGCUUAACAAACUUGUUGGAAAGAAAGUAAUAAGCUGCGAUAAUAAAUCUAAAGUUACUGUC